AUGUUUUAUCCAAAAUGCCUAUUCUUCCUCUAUGCAUUAAUAGCUAUUUCCUAUUGUCAACACGCCGGUUUCACCCCGGAUUUCCAUGGAUAUUUGCUGGACACUGUCGGCCAGGCUACCCUCAAUUUAUUGGAGCGAAAAGAACACAGCUGGGGCAGUUUUGGAGGCAAAUUGCAUCCGGAUCAGGAGAUUCGGAAACAGCCGGUCCUAAUGGUGCACGGCGUCGCCACAACAGCCGGUCGAUUUUUAAUGCUCCGGAAAUAUCUCUACAAUAAGGGAUACACCGAUGCCGAGCUGUACGCGACAACGUGGGGAAACGGGCCUCAAGGAGGGUUAGUUCUGGUAAAAAUGGAAUGCCGUUUUGUUAGACAGAUUCGUAUAAUGAUCGAUGCAAUCCAUGAAUAUACGGGAUCGAGGAAGAUUGAUAUUGUGGCCUUUUCGAUGGGUGCUCCAAUUACGAGAAAGGCCAUACUUGGAGGGGAUUGUAAUGGGAUAUAUCUCGGCAAACCGUUGACGCAUUUGGUAGAUACUUUCGUCUCGGUGGCCGGCGCGAACUAUGGCUCUGCUAUUUGUGAAAUGCUGCCACUGGCCAUUUGCAAUCUAAAUAACGGGUUGUCAUGUCGAAGUCACAGAUUGAGUGAAUUAAACUCACGUAAACAUCGCUACGAGGGAAAACACAGCUUUUCCAUUACGACGACUAAUGACGAAAAGGUUGGCGGCUGGUGUUGCGGCCAUAAAUGUGCUUCUCUGCCCAAUAAUGAGGCCGAAUUUGUCUAUCACGGGCCGGGUCAUGAUGAGGUUCUCUACAGAUCGAUAAAGCUACAGUACGAACUGAUUACGAAACAUCGUGGAAAACUGUCGGACCUGCAAGUCUCGGAAAUCCCGAUCCCACCAGCCAGGAAUACCAUGAUGGUUUUGACUACGAAUAUCGCUAAACUGGCUGUCAGUACGACCCAAUCUGAAAUUACAACUUCCACAACUACAGUAACCCCGCAAAAAUCCGAGCCUACUGUAGAAUUACCAUCCUGGCUGGUGGGACUGAUGGAAAAAGAGGCAAGAGCCACGUUGGGCAAUUUUCAAGCUGAUGAUCAUCGAGCGGAAAGUGCGGAGAAUUUGAAGUGGACCGAUUAC